CUCGGAUCACACUGCCCUCCAUCAGCCUCUCUCCUCCCGGGCCGGCGGAACCAGCGGCCGGGCCGGAGCGAUGGAGGCGAAGCAGCGGCGCGUCCUGCGGAGGCUGCGGCUGGAGCUGGCCGAGCAGCUGCGGGUGGAGCAGCCGGUGCAGUACCUGUACCAGGAGCGGGUGGUCAGUCAGAGCUUCCUGGAGGAGCUGGAGGCCGAGCCGGUGGGCGCCCGCAGGACCCUGAAGCUGCUCGACUACCUGCCGGGCCGCGGGCCUCGGGCUUUCGCCGCCUUCGCCGAGUCUCUGAGGGACGAGUUUCCGUGGCUGUGCCGCCGGCUGGAGGAGGAGGAGAGGGCGGAGGAAGAGCCCGAACCGCCGGCAGAUGAUUUACAGUCAACCAUUUCUGAACACAUCUUGAACGGUGUGCCCACUGACAAGCAAUUAAAUCAGCUUUCCGGCCAACUGGGAGCAGAAUGGGAGAGAGUUGUGGUGGAUCUCGGACUGAAGAGUUCAGACAUCUAUAGAUGUAAAAUGAACCACCAAUACAAUGUGCAGGCACAGAUCCUGGCAGCAUUUGUCCUGUGGAAACAGCGAUUAGGAAAACGUGCCACUGUGCGGAACCUGUGCAACAGUCUUAUUUCAGCAGAAGUUGACCCCACAGUGAUAAGCAAUGCAUUUCAGUAAAAAAAAAUUGGGCUGGGUUUGGCCUACUUCCCAGGCUCACCAUCUACAGUGAGAAACGAACUGCUGUAGGAACUCAGUGGGUCAGGCAGCAUCUGUGGAGGAAAAUGGACAGUUGACAUUUUAGGUCAAGACCCUUCAUCCACAUGAAGGGUCUUGACCUGAAACAUUGUCCGUUUUCCUCCACAGAUGCUGCCUGACCCGCUGAGUUCCUCCAGCAGUUUGUUCUUUGCUCCAGAUUCCAGCAUCUGCAGUACUCACCUUCCUGCACUUACCUGGGCUAGAAGUGAAGAGCUAGUCAAGCUGACCACAUGUGUUUGGGAGAUAUUUGAUAAGGUGCAGCAAGAUGGCUGCAAAUAGGUCUUGGCCAGUGCAGUCCUUUGGCCUCAUCUCUGAUAUUCAGAGACUUUUGAAAGUGUAAGGUUAUAAUAUAAAGAUGUUUUUAAAUAUUAGAAUGAGGAAGGUGAAUUCCUCAGUGUAAUGCUAGGCUUUCUCAAGCUCUGCCUUUUGGACUCGCAUUGAGUUUACACAAGUCCAUGUAGUAUUUACCCAGGAGUGGCAAAAUGCCAGUGGUUCCAUUUGGAAUCAUUGGGCAUAGCCAGCCUCCAUGGCCCAUUGAUCUUCAAUGUCACCAAAUCCUCGUCACCUUGCACAACCUGUAUGCUGUGUGAAAUAUUUAAGGACCAAAAGACAAUGUCCUUUUUGUCUUUGUGCAGUACAGUGCAAGUCUAUGACCUGUCAAAAGAAACUGGAAAGGGUGUUAUUUUGAGAAAGAAAUGUUACAGGAUAUAGGCGGAGUCUUUAUAUGGUAUAUUUUAAUGCUGUUUU